CCCAUUUAGAUAAUCCAUAUUUCAUAUUCGUAAGUGGCGGUUGGUGAUUGCUAUACUCGGAGGCUAAAGGCAUCAUUACAUAGCGCCGAUUCCCACUCGCUCUCACUAUUUCUUGGCGAGCACCGUAUUCCCGAUGCCCCACUCCCUCUUCGUUCCUCUCACCGGUGCUUCUCAAUUUUGAGCCGUUUAAUAAUGGCGGAGAACAGCAACAGCAUGGGGGAGAGCGACAAAGAUGGAUCCGCCUCCUCUCCCGCGGUCGAGAGAAAUCUUCCUAGGGCAAGCACAAUGCCUAAAGGGACAAAAUAUGCUGAAAAAUCAGAGACUUCCUCAGAAGGACCAAAUCUAGAAAGGUCCAAAACUGAGAAACAUGGGCAAAAUAGUCCACAUGAUGACCCAACAGCCCAAUUAUUUGACGACAAGAUUCCUGACAAACAAAAGACGUUAAAUCAAAUAGCUACAGUGAAGGAUGAUGGGACUGUUGUGGUAGAUGUUCCAAGCAAUUUUGAAACCAAAUCAAUAAAUUUGAGAUCUGAGAAUAUAUAUGGUGAAGCAGUUGAUGAAGAGCCAGUAGAUUUGCCUGAUCUACAGUAUCGACCUCCGAUGCAAAUAGUCAUUCUUAUUGUUGGGACACGAGGUGAUGUGCAACCAUUUGUUGCUAUUGGAAAACUUUUGCAGGCCUAUGGUCAUCGUGUUAGGCUGGCAACUCAUGCAAAUUUCAGGGAAUUUGUUUUAACUGCUGGCUUGGAGUUUUAUCCUCUAGGUGGAGAUCCAAAAAUUCUUGCUGAAUAUAUGGUUAAGAAUAAAGGUUUCUUACCUUCUGCACCAUCGGAGAUACCUAUCCAACAGAAACAGAUUAAAGAAAUUAUAUUUUCCUUGCUUUCAGCCUGUAAGGAUCCUGAUAUUGGCACCGAUGUUCCGUUCAAAGUCGAUGCUAUAAUUGCAAAUCCACCCGCAUAUGGGCAUACACAUGUGGCUGAGGCGCUAAAAGUACCAAUUCACAUUUUUUUUACAAUGCCAUGGACACCAACUAGUGAAUUUCCACAUCCUCUUUCCCGUGUCAAGCAAUCUGUUGGAUAUAGACCUGUUCAAGAACCUGGAAAAUUGACAAAGAUUAUUGUGGAGGCACUAAAAAUUACUGGUCAAAGAGGCAUCAUCAAUAAGGGCUGGGGUGGCCUUGGAAAUUUGGCAGAACCCAAGGAUUACAUGUACCUGCUGGAUAAUGUUCCCCAUGACUGGUUAUUCCUGCAGUGUAAGGCAGUGGUGCAUCAUGGUGGUGCUGGAACAACAGCCGCUGGGCUUAGGGCUGCUUGCCCAACUACUAUUGUACCUUUCUUUGGUGACCAACCUUUUUGGGGAGAACGAGUGCAUGCCAGGGGACUGGGACCCCCACCUAUCCCUGUUGAUCAAUUUUCACUAGAAAAAUUGGUUGAUGCAAUAAUGUUCAUGAUGACACCGAAGGUGAAAGAAAAUGCUGUCCAACUAGCCAAAGCCAUGGAAACGGAGGAUGGUGUUUCUGGAGCUGUUAAAGCAUUUCUAAAGCAUCUUCCUCCAAAAAUCUCACCUCAAGUUACACCUGAACCAUCAAGCUUCGUGGAUUUCUUGGUUGCUCCUAUUAGAAGGUGUUUUUUUUCACCUCAAGUUACAUUUUGUGCAUUUUAUGUUGUUAAAGAAAGGCAUUUAUGGUGGAACAUAUAUCUAUAUGCUAGAGUACAUAUAUCUUACCCUACCAGUUAUUAAUCAUCCCAUGCCAUCCCACGUGCUGGCUUUAAUUUUACGCCAUAAUGUACACGUCCUGGCCAUUCCGGUUCGUGGAAUUCCUCGACCCCUCGGCUUUCCCAUAGAGCAAGCGACAGUGGAUCCCACGAGAGUCACUACCGUUGUGCUGCUGCCACGCCAUCGCGUCACAGGCUAAACAUAAAGGCCUAAAGCAAUGAGAACCGGUGCAUUUUGUCUUGGGCGGAACGGGACAGCAAUACACGAGAGUUGGUGGUGGGUUGGUUUAAUUGUCAACGGAAGAAGACAGAGAAAGAGAAGAUUCCUUCACUUUUAAUUUAAUUAAUUGCUCGAUCAAAGAAGUCCGUCGAAAAGUGACCCAACACAGGUCAAGUCACAAUUAAGAGACACCCCAACCUUUGUUUUCACGCAUUGCUUUGUACUAAAGUGCGGUGUUGAUUGUGCACAUCACGGAUGAUUAUAAAUUUUUUAUCAGGCCUCCUGUUUGUUUAAACAACCAACUCCAACAAUUACAUCAAAAAUCAUACUCUUAAUGAAAUUAAGUUUCCUCAUAUUUCUUUUCAUAUCACUAAUGGUAAUUAUCUAACAUCUUUUUACAGGUUUUCUUAUCACUUGCUCGUAUCAUCAUAAAAUAUUCUGUAACACCCUUGAUUAGUCCCACAUUGAAAGUGUUACAACAUUUUGGUCAAUGGUUUGGACCAAACGAAAUUGAUAGGUCAAUUAGCCCAUUAGAUACGAAGAUGUCAAGCCUUUGAGUGAGGGUGAUUAUAACACCCCUGAUUAGUCCCAUAUUGAUAGUUUAUCAAACCCUUAUAAGCUAAUCUUAAUCUUACUCACUUUCAAUGUAGAACUAAUCAGAGGUGUUACCCACUUUCGAUGUGGGACUAAUCAAGGGUGUUACAUAUUCUUUCUCAUAUGAAUCUCUAUCUAAAUUAUUCACUAAUAUAUUUUUUUUAAUAUAAUUUCUCUAUUCUUUAAAUAAAUAAAUCAGGAAAGAAUUUUGUAAAGAAGGGAAAAUAUAGACAGGUCAUUUUAGUCAUCAACCAAAUUGACAAUGAGAGUCGUCCCUUUUAAUAUCGAGCAAGGAUUUUAUUAAUCCUCCUUAUUGAUAUCUCUUGGGAAAACCUUGACAUUAACAAUUAGUCAAAGGAUUUUAUUAGAAUUGUUCAAAGGGUGAUAAACUCGUGAGGCAUCACAACAAACCCAAAUUGUUUGGACCAAUUGGGAGGUAAUAACUAAUUAAUCACACGAUAUUAGUUUUCUAUACAUGCAAUGCACGAGCACAUACAAAAAUACAUAUCUCUAAGCUUCAAGGCUCGCAACUAUCAAAUGAAUGAUUUAACGUGGCUAAGCGAAUGACAUUUUCUGCUUAUUAUGAUUGCAUCCAUUCUAUGAUCUAUCUAUAUUAUUGAUCUUAUCGAAUUGUCCAUGAUCAUAUCAUAUCUAAUAUUUUCUUCAUACUAUUUAUAAUAAACUUUAUGUUUUUUACCUACAUGAUAUAUUUCAUCAUCAAACCGUCAAUUAUACAAUAACCUCGUCUAUAUGAUAAAAAAAAGAAAAUCAAGAUAGCAUCACCACUAAAUCAAUAGGAUCAUUGAUUUAGUGGUGAUGCUAUCUUCAUCUUAAUUGUCCUCAUGGAGAGCAAACAAAUAAUCCAAGGUGAUGAUUUUGUGGUUAUCCUUUUGUGUGUUCAUUUAUGGUCAACCUCAAUAUUCUUAUCUAUUUUGGUGAUUCAGAUAUGAUGAGGAAAAUAAAGUUGCAUGAACUUUCAGCUUUGUAUGCUAGAUAGGUUAUAAUGAUAAAUUAUUUGUUUUCAUUCUUGUGCUACUUAAUGCUCCUAUUGAUGGAUCUUCCUGUACUGGUGCAAAUUCAGCAUUCAUGCUUGAGAAGUGAUAUUGCUUUAGCUUUGGGCUAUAUGGUAAGAAUUGCAUUAAGCAAGCAUUUGAUUAAAGUUAAUAUGACUUACGAAGCAGAAAUUAUGUCUGUCCUAUUCUUUGUCGUUUUUCAUUGGACCUCCUCUUGUUAGCUGCUAAAGAACUUGCUCCCAAUUUCUCUGAUUAGUAUCUCACUUUACUGAGUAGAAACACUUAUGGUGAUUGGAAGUCCAUAGUCAAGACUGCAGGAAAGAUUUAGUAUUGUUGCACCUGUGGAACCAAUCUGUAAGAUCUUUGCUUUUAUGUUGCUUACAUCUAUCUAUUCAUAUUUGAGCCAUACUUCUGUUAUGUUGCUAUAACUUGGAGUCUAUUUUUUUGUAGAGUGCAUGAAAUGGAGAUGAUGUCAGUGGGUCUUUCAUGGUAUAUAAGCAAUUAGGCCAUACAAAAGCAUCAUUAACAAGUACAGAGGGUUAUAAUCCCAACUAUUUGGGGUGAGCUACAUGAAUGAAUCCUUUUCAUUUAUUUCUAAUAACAGUGAUAUCCUAGUGCAUGUUCUAAUUUGUAUUGCGUGAAAAUCCAUCUUCUAAAUUAUGGCAAUGUAUUUAAUGGCUACUAGAUGACAAACACGCUAUUCCUUCUUCUCCUUGAUUGAUAUUCAUGCUCGGGAGAAUAGAAUGUGACAUGCACUGGUGGUGUUGUUAUGUACAUGGAACUUUAAGAAGAACCUUUUUCCCCAUUUUCUUGUUAUUUCCAAUAUUGAUUUAACAUAGUCACGAUGUUUACGUUGCGAUGGAAUGUUAUCAAGCAAUUAGGCAAGCUUGAUUCUCUUAGCCUAUUUCUGUGAAUUUUGGCAUUUUGUACUGUUUAGGUCCUGAUACAUGUUAUAAAAUUCUCCUUCUGUUUCGUUUCAUAUCUGUUUCUUGUACUGUUUAAGUCCUGAUACAUUUUGUACUAUUUCUAGGUAUUUCCAAUAUCUGUUUGUUCGUAUCAGACUCGUAGUUUGUGACUUCGAUAAGUUCUAUUUUCUCGUAGCUUGUUCUUGUUAAAGACCCAAACUGUUUGUGGAAAAUUAGACUGCCAAAAGUCGUAGAUCAUGUCUAUGAUCUUCCUUUUGUUCCAUUACUUUUUCUUCUGAUUGAGCAAACUUUUACUCCAUAGACUAUGAACGUCCUGAAAGCCACAUGCCAUUGUGCAGUUGCACAAACAUUUCACAAGAUUAGUGGGAAAUAGUAUCAUAGCUUACUCUCUCUUAUUUCAAUAGCUGACUUGAAUCUACAGCCACAUGGGAUUUACUUAAAAUUGUCUUCAGUGAAAUACCUUAAGAGAUUAAGGUGACUUUCCAGGAUACCCUGCAUGUUUUAUCAAAUAUAAUAUGAAUUUAUAAGUAGCAAAAGGAUGAUUCUUCAUUUCCUUGAAAUGCAAUGGUAUAUUCUUGGAAUUAACAGUGAAGAGUGGGUUUUCCCUUCGUAUCUGUCCAUUCUAAGGGGCAAGACACUCUGUUUCUUCUGUUCUCUCACAUCAGGUAACCAUGCUAAACCACUAUGAAACAACUUGUCCCAGUAAAUUCCUAUACUGUUUAAAAUAGGCUAAACCUCCAAGAGGACUUGUUUGUUUCUUGGUGCAGAUCAUGAAGUCACUACGAACCAGAGCAUGUCUUUAUGAUUAGUCCUUGAUUUGCUUAGUGCAGUUUGAGACUUCGCCCCCAGUUCAAGGUGCUCAGUUGAUGGUGAACGCUUGGAACAGGUGUCCUGAUUUUUUGGUUGAAUAGACAUCACCUUUUGUAGUUUGGCAUCAACAUGACAGCCAAUUCCCACACAGGUAUCUUUCAUGCUCAAAGUACCUGACAACUGUUUGACAAAUGUUGUGGGUCUUCCCUGAGAACAAUCCUGUCGACAAAUAUCCACAUUGGCAAGAAUCUGCAUGAGCCACUUGGAGAUCUGUAGACGUAGAUGGAGGACAUGUAGGUUAGCUUUCUGUCAUCAGCCUCCAGAAGAGUGGAGGAUGAGACUUGUUCCAAAUGGUCCAAGGUCCGCAAGGAGGUCAAGCCCAAUGGCUGUAGGAAGAUGUAGGGCUGGGUCAUGUUCAGACUUGAAGCAAGAAAGAAGGACCUCAGAGCUCCCUUCUCUGCAGGACGAAGAUGUAAAUGCUGGAUCCUACUGAUUCAUAUCCAAGUCAAUUAUGGCCAACAAGUCUUGGAUUCUUGUGAAAAUUCUUGUGUCAGAAACCUCAUGGUGUUCCCCCACCUAACAUUUUUUUUGUUGUUUUUCUAUACUCGACAUGUGCAUUAUCUUCUUCGACAUUCAAAGAUCAGAUCCUGAGAGUACAAAACUUUUCAGUA